CCCAUAAACUCCCAUAAUCACCCAAAAAAAUAGGUUUUUACGUAUUUUUUUGAAAAUAUGUAAGUAAUACCAAUAAAUUAUUUUUAUAAAUUGUAUUGAUCAAUUCUACAAUAUUAAAUAAAACGUUAACUAAUAAUAUUUCAGGAAAUUUUAAAAAUCUAUAUAUAAUAAAAUGAAAGUAAUUAAUUUUCAGUGUUUUCAUGUUGCAGUUGAUCAACAUGUUGGCCUUUUGCUUCCCGUAGAUACUUUAAAAUUUCUUCAUAACACCUCGUUCGCACACAUGGCCGUAUAUAUUUAAAUUCUUGAGCCACUAACAGUCCGAAAUACUCAUUUCUUUUAUCCUCUUCUCCAUAAAUUAAGCAUUUAGAACAGUUUGUUUCUUCUUUCAGUAAAUUUUCUUUUACUUUAUCCUCGUUUUUUUUCUUUGUUGCGACGACGCUGGGUAAAUCAUCUGGACACUGGGUCUCACUAUCGCCAAAUAUAUUUGGAGAUCGGCUUCGGCUACGGCUUGGCAGACAUUUUUUUCUUUCUACAAUUUUAAAUUAAAUUUAUUAGAAUAAAUGCUUCGAACACACGCGAUCUAAGUACCUUUUGUGUUUAUUAUACCUUACCUACCUAGGUAUAAAAAGAGUACUUACGUAGAUUUUCUUUUAUUAACUGUUUUAUACGAAGAUCUUGAUCUCUCAAAUUAGCAUCCAUUUUACUUCCAGUGAUUAUCAACUAAAUUAAUAAUCCACAAAGUAUUAAAUAACGUUUUUAUGAAAUAUUUAGCACAAAAACAAUACCCUUUAAAUAUCGAUCGUCAGUAACUGUGGCUGACUUACCUAUAUUCUAGCAAGCAGGACUGCCAGAUGUGAAGGGGAAAUCCCCAAUAAAUUGUUGCAUGUGACUGAUGAUGUGAGCAUGUUCGUUUCAUAAUAAAAAUGUUGCCAGGUAACCAAAAAGUCGUAUGUUUUUGUGCGAAUUACGAUCAUAAUCUUUACGAUCGUACAUUAAAAAAUAGACAAAUAAUAGUAUGAGUACGAUUUAAAUCGUAUAUCUGUCAACCCUGCUAGCAAGACAGCGACAAAAUCACGUUGCAUAACAAUGUAGCCCAAGCUUAUAUCUUAUGAAAUAUACGGAAGAGAUACGGACUUAGAAAAAACAGAAAUGUUGUUCUUUGUGGAAGUCAUUGAUGAAAUUCUAUGUAUUUUAGCCCGCAAACUUUCUUCAAACAAAAACAGCGCCAUCUAGUAUCGAGUUCUGUAAUUAUCUCUUUGUUUAUGGAUUUGAAGUAAGACCGCCACGCAUGCAAUACAUUAUGACUGGGGAUUCCCCUAUUCGUCGACGCUGAAUAUGAGGCGACGACAAUCACUGUCAAACGUGUUCACUAUUACUCUGACUCUGGUAACGUGACUUCCUGGUAACGUGUUAGGUAGGAAAAGCAGUAAAAAAGUGCAUAUUAAGGGAGCAGAUUUGAAAUAAUAUUUAUACUUAACAAGAAAUAAUUAAAGGUUCAAUGGGGAGACCUAAAGAUUUACGCAUAUGGGAGCACUACCGUACUUUACCAAACAAGUCUGUUUCUUGCAAGCUUUGUAAUAAGGUCUACAAAUUCAGUAAUGCUGCCAAAAUGCUUCAACAUCUUAUCACUUGUCCAAAAUCUCCAGAAACAUUAAAAGACUCUAUGAAACUUAUAAAGGAUAGCUCGUCCAAAACCAAAAUGUCUGGACUGUCAGAGAUAGAGACAAAUGAUUCUUUUAUAAGCCCCUCGUCGUCUGCUAACACUACAAUAAAUGCUGAGUUUCAAGACACCGAUGAUCAUAUAAAAACAGAAUUAGCGAGAGCUAUAUUUGUAACAGGGACGCCAUUAUCGAUGGUGCAACAUCCUUUAUGGAUACAAUUUUUCGAAAAAUUGCAACCAAAAUUUAAAAUACCUUCACGUAAAGCUUUAGCGACAAAAUACUUAGAUAAAAUAUAUAGAGAAAUGCGUUUUGAGUUAAAUGAGGAACUAAAUGCUUGUAGUUACUUACACCUUCAGUGCGAUGGCUGGUCUAAUUUAAGAAAUGAAGGAAUAAUAAACUUUCUUAUAUCAAAACCUCAACCUGCAUACGUUAAAAGUUUGAAUACAGAAAGUAAUCCUCACACUAGUGAAUACCUUAGCCAAGAAGUUGAAAAAGUAAUGAAAGUGUAUGGAGCAAAUAAGUUUCUUGUACUUAUUGGCGAUAACGCUAGAAAUAUACAAAAGGCAUUCGAAUUAACAAAACUCAAAUAUCCACAUGUUGUUCCUCUCGGUUGCUGUGCACAUAUCCUUAACUUGUUGUGCCAAGAUAUUGUAAAGAUACAAGAAGUAACUGUGUUUAUUAUGCAAGCCAUAAAUAUAAUAAAAACUGUUAAAAGGAGUCAACGAUUAAGUUCCUUGUUGAUAAAAUCAAGGCAGGGUGAAGAUUCUACACAAACACUAAAAUUGCCUUGUGCUACAAGAUGGGGAAGUCAUGUUACUUCGUUAAAAAGUUUGAAAGCAAAUAAGAUAGCUUUGCAAAUAUUAACAGUUAGAGAAGAUGUGGUAAUUUCAAGAGAUAUUAAAGAUUUAAUUCUAAGUGAUGAUUUCUGGACGAAGACAGGGGAAUGUAUAAGUAUUUUGGAACCAGUCACUGAAAGCAUAUUUUACUUAGAGAGCGACCAGAAUCGUUUGCAUCGCACAUACAUUACAUUUAGAGAUGUACAAGCUAAGAUACGUUUUGCAUUAAAUGAGAUUUCGACAUUGAGCGAAGAAAGCAAACAGCAGAUUCUAACAUCAGUAUCUUCAAGAUGCAAUAUGGCAAUGAGGCCAAUACAUUUUGCAGCAUAUAUUCUAGACCCCAGGACUCUAGGAGUCGAACUUACUCAAGAGGAAGAACUUAAGGGUAUGGAGUUUAUCUACAAUUUAAGCCAACACUUAAGUUUGUCAAAUGUAAUGGCAGAUUUGGCGUGUUAUAAAGCUAAAGAAAACUUUUGGGCCAGAGGAUUUGUAUGGAGCUCAUUAGAUAGCAUUGAGCCCCUAAUAUGGUGGAAAGGUAUUUGUGGUUCCACUGAGUUAAGCAAAGUAGCGAUUCGUAUUCUAUCAGCUCCCUGUACUUCGGCAGCCACUGAGCGUUCCUUUAGUAUCCAAGGCUACAUACAUAAUAACAAAAGAAAUCGACUUACAACUGAAAGAACUGAAAAAAUUUCAUUCAUUUGUUAUAACUGGAAUCUUAAACAUAAAGCUGAAUGCGAGGACAUUCAGUUUAAUGAAGAAAAUACCUUAGAAGCUUUCAUUGAGCAAGUAAAUGAACAUAACAGUUUAGACGAAAUAGAGCCUAUCGAACCUAUACAAUUCAUCGCUUGUAAUAACUCUGAAUCUGACAGUGAUUGACUGUAGUUUUACAUUUUACUUUCAUCUCUUUCUUAAUAAACUCAAAAUCAAAUUAAAAGUUUUUUAUUCUGUAGGCUGCAUAAUAAUAUUGUCUAUGUCCAGUAUAGUGGACGUCUUGCGGCUGAGAUGACGAUGAUGAAGUACAAAAUCAUAAACACCCAAAAAUUUGGGUGUUUAUGGGGUUUAAACCCAAUAAACCCAAAACACCCGGUUUUUACCCACCAGACUUUAAACCCACCCAGGUGGAUUG